AUGCCGAGUUUAAAGCCAAAAUCACGAACUGUUGAUAAAAUGGAGAAGCAGAAUCAAAUUAUUACUGAUUUCUCGCAAUCUCCAGUUUGUUCAACCUUGCAAGUAGCAUCCCAAUUAUCUUCCCGCCACCUAUCGAGGACCACUGAGCACAUAUUGCCAGAAGGUAAAGAGGUCGAUUAUUUUGUGGAUUUGAAAGUUAAAGGAAGGAGAAAAAAGGCUUCGGCUGGAAACGAAGAAAAAUUAUACGAAAUCACUACCCCAAGUUAA